AUGUCCUACGACGAUGUAUCAUCGCGAGCCACAGCCCUUCGGCAAGUUGUGAAGCUCAUGCAAGACGCGUCAGAGAAGCUCAUUUCAGAAUGGGAGAAUCCGGCGCCGGACGCGAUACCUGAGUCUGAGACCAAUUUCGCCAUUCCCGGGCGCGAAGCUUAUGACGCGCAACGAACUAUCAUCGCGGCGCUGGGCUCUGUCGAGGAGCUCGUAGCCGAGCCGCAUCUGCGUCUUGUGGAUUUUGCUGAGUUGUACUUCGAGGUUCGGGCACUUCACAUAGCUGUUGAGCACGAUAUCGCAUUGCUAUUAGCCGAGGGUAGCGCGGAUGGAGUUCCUGUCGAAGACUUAGCGAAGGCAACUGGUCUCAACCACCAAAAGCUCUCUCGUUUAAUGCGGGCUCUAACGACACAGCAUUUCUUUCGAGAGGUCGGACCGGACAGGUUUGCGAAUAAUAGGAUCUCCCAAGCUUUAGUCAACGAUGAGAGACUGCAAGCGCAAGUGAAAUGCAGCUCCAUGGGAUUCGCCGCCGCCUCAGCGUUGCCAGAAGCGCUAAAUGACCCAGUCCGAGGGCCAAGCCACGACCCAGAAGAUGCAGCCUGGCCACUGGCCGUUGGGACAACGCUCCCUUUCUUCGACUGGAUGAACCAGAAAGUCCCCAAGUCGCGAGCUGGAGAGAAAGCGAGCCCAGGUGCGGCAAGGGGAUUUUAUAAGGAAGUAGAGCCAUCGCCGGACGAGGAAUUGGUUCCGAGGGAUGACACGAAGAUGUACAAUCUUUAUCUGGCUGGAAACAGCAAGAGUUUGGGUAGUCCUCACCUAUAUGAUUUUCCAUGGAAGGAGCUGGGAAACGCGCUGGUUGUCGAUGUUGGAGGCGGCGUCGGUAGUUUCGAUCUUCAACUAGCCCGUUUGUAUCCGGAGCUGCGGUUCAUCGUACAGGACCAAGCAGUAGCAGCUGAGCAGGGUGUCUCGCUGUGGAAAAAGGAGUUUCCUGAAGCUCUGGAGUCGGGACGAACGAAAUUCGUAACCCACGACUUCUUCACGCCAAACCCCGUCAAGGGGGCCGACAUCUACUGGAUGCGCCACGUUCUACAUGACUGGAAAGACGGCGACUGUGCCAAGAUUCUCGCGAGGACGGCUGAGGCUAUGGGCCCGCACUCACGGCUUCUAGUUGCCGACAUAACCUUAACUGAGACUAUAGGAGAUCCGUAUAUCAAGGCUGCACCUAAACCACUUUUGGCCAAUUACGGCAUCCAUGGUCAUCAUGGAUUUUCUCUCGACAUAGCCAUGAUGUCUUUGAUGAACGGCAAGGAACGUACGCCCUCGGAAUUCCGAAAAUUGUUCGAAGAGGCGGGUUUGAAGAUGGUUAAAGUGUGGGAAUGCCGUAGCAUCUUGGGUAUAAUCGAGUGUCGGCUAGCAUGA